UAGGAUUGCGCCUUCUGGCGCGCCGACUGCUAAGCCGAUAGUCAGGUGCUCACCGCGUGUGGUGAACGAUGACGACUCCGGAUGGAGAUAUUCUCCUGCUAUGUAUCGGAGGGACGGAAGAACAUGGCGCGGAGGAGACGAUAUGUUUAACCGUGUUGAGAGGUAGCAGACAUCCGGACGCGAUAGCGAUUCUCUCACGGCAGCCCUGGAGAGCCAGGUGUUACAGCGGCCAUCCGAUCUAUCCUCGUAUAGGGCUGUGGUCUUUAGCCUGGGAAUUGGGAUCGCGCUCCCCAAUUAUCAUGGCCAAGAGCGAGCAGAGUACUCUUGGCGGACCGUCGAUAGAGAUAGAGCAGGAUAGAGCCGUAUGCUGCUAGCUCGCUGAGAUAGAGCGUUGCGGGAGGUACGACACACCGCAUAUGCGCGAUAGAGUAUACCGGGAUCUGCAUGCGCAGGCCACCUCCGGGAGGUCGAG